AUGCCCCCCAUUCCAUGGACGGCAUUAUAUGACGAUCCCAGCCAGAGCCAGGCUGGGUGGAACUUUUUGCACGACGCACGGACCCAGUGGCCGGUGGAUGGGACCCACUGGAUGAUCGACCGGCUGCGGGCCGAGCCGGCCAUGCAGCGGCAUUUCCUGCAGGGGGGCCGAUUCCACCCUGGUGCCAUCCAGCAGUAUUGGCAGCGCGUGGCCCAGUUCAAGGAGAAAUUGGCCGUUAUAGUGCAUGUGACAGCAGGGCAGCCAGCCCAGGCCCCAGAGCUAUUAAGCAUUCAGCAUUGCAACACUGCGAAUAGUCAACAGCGGAAUAUAUAUAUUGAGGAUGGCAUGGUGAUGUUUGUGACGGCAUAUCAUAAGGGGUUCCAUACUAGUAAUGAUGUGAAGAUCAUCCAUCGAUAUGUGCCGCGGGAGGUCGGGGAGUUGGUGGUAUGGUAUAUCUGGCUGGUGAUGCCAUUUGUCGACCAGUUGGCUGCAUGGCAGGCCGCGCAGGUCCCGCAGGGGAGCCAGGCCGCGCAGGGUAACCAGACCGCGCAGGGAAGCCGGGCUACACAGGGAAGCCAGGCCGCGCAGGGUAGCCAGACUGCGCAGGGAAGCCGGACCGCGCAGGGAAGCCAGGCUGCACAGGGAAGCCAGGCCGCGCAGGGGAGCCAGGCCGCGCAGGGUAACCAGACCGCGCAGGGAAGCCGGGCUACACAGGGAAGCCAGACCGCGCAGGGAAGCCAGGCCACGCAGGGAAGCCAGGCUACACAGGGGAGCCAGACCGCGCAGGGGAGCCAGACCGCGCAGGGAAGCCAGGCCGCGCAGGGGAGCCAGGCCGCGCAGGGAAGCCAGACCGCGCGGUGGAGCCAGGCCGCGCAGGGGAGCCAUGGAGCACAAGGCAGCCAGGCAUGGUUAUGGGGCCCCGACCCCGGUACCGGCCGUGAAUGGUCGUCCAAGCGGUUCCGGGAGGCGUUGAAACGGGAAACCCGCACCCAGCUAGGCACCGCCAUCAAUAUUGCCGCAUACCGGGACAUCACCAUUGGAAUCAGCCGCCGAUUUUUGCGGCCAUCCACCGCGUUCCCACAUAAUAUCCAGGAGGCCGAGCCGGCCCCAGCAGCCAUGGAUGCCGAUACAGAGGAGGGCAUGGAUAUUGAGCAGUGGAUGGGCCAUAUUGCUGAUUUACAGGCCGCCCAUUCAUCACACGUUGCUGGCAUGGUGUAUGGCCGGGGCAUCCAGGAACAGGCUGGCAGCACCGCCCACCGGCGGGAGAUGUUCCGGUUAUCCAGCACCGAUUGGCACCAGUUUUUAGGGUUUGGGGCCCCCACGCCAUCCAUACUAGGGAAGCGCAAGCGGGCCCCAUGGGAGGAUGAGGCGGAGAUCAGUCGGAUAGAACGCCGCCACCAGUUGGCCACCAUGGAUCUCGAGGCAGCCGCGCAGCGCAUGACCGGGCGGCCCGACAUGCAGUUCCGGGGGGUCCAGGACCCGGCCAUGCAGGCCAUCCAGCGGGGAGAGAGCCCCGUGGUCGCAGUGAUGCCCACUGGCGGGGGGAAGAGCAUGCUGUUCAUGGUGCCCGCGUUCGCCGCCCCUGGGGGCACCACCAUUGUUGUGGUGCCGCUGGUCGCAUUAUGA